ACAGGUUACGACAAUCCCCGCAUCGAUAACCACCACAACGACCACGAGACUCUUGUUGGCCCCCAGUUCCGCGCAGGACCUUUCCUGUCCGCAGGGUUUCUCGACCGCGAUAGCGUGAGGAGAAUUUCCGACAACCUAUCAUGCCACCAUCAAUGA